AACAAAUGGAAAGAAGACAACGUAAUAAAAGAAUAGAUAACUGUGGGCGUCUAUAAAAUAAAAAUAUAAGGAAAGAUGGAUGGUGGAGGGGAAAAAGUUUGCGUAUUCUCUCAUUCACACAAACCAACUAAUUUCUCUGUUGGGAUACUCACGCUGAUAUGGAAUAAAUAGUAUGCACACAUAUUUACAAUAUUAUCUACAAAACAAAAAAAAGCAAAGCAAGCAAACAAACAAACAAAAACAAAUUUGUACCAGUCCUACUAACGACCACUUUUAAAGAAUUCUUGACGCGAACACAACUCCGCCAAUAAGCGAAUUCUGCUUACUGAUAUUCGCAACAUCAAUCUGUGACGUCAAGCUUCCAGAGAAAUUUUGAUAAAUGGCCCACCUUUUCGAGGCGCCGCAGCCCAAAAUUCUGGGUUACUACGUUUACCAACGUAAUUUACUUCAAGCAAAAGAUAUUGAUCCAUUUCUUUGUACGCAUAUUGUCUUUGCUCAUGCUGAGGUGAGGAACGGAGAACUAUCUAUGACUAGAGGCGAAGAUGUGAAACCUUAUCGUCAACUCGCUACACUCAAGGAAAAAAACCCUAAACUGAAAAUACUUCUCUCUGUCAAAGAAGGUCUCUUCGAAUUUAUAGUAAAUUAUCGCGGUAAUCUUUCCGGAUUUUUCAAGCAAGCCAUAAUAUUUUUAAAAGAAUAUGAAUUCGACGGAAUUGAAUUAUCGGUUAACAACCCAAAACUUGUGGACAAAAGUUCGUUAUCAAUAUUUCUACUGGAAUUCCAUGAAGCUUUAUUACGAGAAGUUAGAUAUAAAAACAGGCAAAAACUAUUGAUGUCCGUCUCACUGCCCAGCACAAGAACACAGCUGAUGACAUUUGAUUUUAGCAUACUUCGAAAAGUCAUUGACUUCGCUACCGCUACGACAUAUGAUUUAAACACAGCUCCCAAGAAAACUUGCUAUCACAGUCCCUUACAUACAGGAUCAGGGGAUAACAAAUUUUUUACUGUGGCAGGACUUGUUGACUUUUUCAUUGAACUUGGACUACCGCCAUCAAAACUAUUAUGGGGUCUACCGACAUAUGGGCGGAGUUACCGUCUGCACACCGUCACUCAACAUGGAGUAAAAGCACGAAGCGAAGAGGUUGGAGACCCAGGACCAAUUCUACGAAUAAAAGGACUAUUUACAUAUGAAGAAGUGGGAAUGACGCUUCGGAAUGGUGCUGUACGGGUAUAUGAUGAGAGAUGCUGUGUACCGUAUUUAUAUGAUGGUAAACUUUGGGUAACUUUCGAAGACCCAGAAAGUGCAACAGAAAAGGCAUUAUAUUUCAAAGAUAAGCUAGCUGGCGUCGCUAUAUGGAAUCUGACACUCGGUGAUCCGAAAGGGAAAAUAAAUGGUACUAAGUUUCCAAUUGUACAAGCCGUGAAGACAGCCUUAUUAACCAAAGAUAAAUGAAGACUUCUUUUCUAUCCCCUACUCUCUCUUCCUUCCUCUCUCUCCCCCUUCCACAUCUUUCUCUCUACCACACAAAAUUCUCUCUAUUUCAUUCUGUUACUCCAGUCUGAUGAAUACGCGUCCACGCAAUCACACACACACUUACGCUCGCAUACACAUACAUAUAUACAGUUAUAUAUAUAUAUAUAUAUAUAUCUACAUGCAUGCAUACAUGCACGCAAUACAGAGAUAGAUAGAUAGAUAGAUAGAUAGAUA